CUGCGGCUACUGCCCUGGGCGGGCUUUGCCCGGGCGCAGCACCUGCUGGAGUUCGACCAGAUUCGGCAGCGGCUGGCCGGAUACGCCCGUACCGUGCUGGGCCGGGAGUGUGCCCUGGACCUGGAACCGGUCAGCGACGCCCUGGAAAUCGGUUCCCGACUUCAGGAGACUUACGAAGCCCGGCUUUUUCUGGACAACGGCGGCAGCCUGGAGUUUGGCCCCGGCGCCGACCUGCGGGAGUACGUGCAACGGGCCAUGCUGGGCGGCACCCUGCGUGGCGAGGAACUGCACCAGAUUCAGCAACUGGCCGAGGCCGCCGGUUUCAGCCGCAAUGCUCUCCACCGCAGGGAAGACCUGCCUCUGCUGGCAGGGAUGGCCGCCAACAUCCCUGACCUGAGUGACCUGGCACAGGCCAUCCGCCGGGCCAUCAGUCCCGCCGGAGAGAUUCUGGACGACGCCAGCCCCGAACUGCGGCAGUUGCGCCGUGAGUCCCGUUCCGCCUACCAGCAGCUUAACGAGGUAAUGCAACGCAGCCUCCGUCGCUACCAGCAGCGGGCGGUGGUGCAGGAGCCCAUCAUCACCCAGCGCAACGGACGCCUGGUGCUGUUGAUCAAGGCCGAGCACAAAUCCCAGACCCCUGGCAUCGUCCACGACGUUUCCGACAGCGGGGCAACUGUAUUUAUCGAGCCCCUGCCCGCCAUUGAGACGGGCAACCGCUGGCGGGAGACCCGCCUGGCCGAGGAGCGGGAAGAAGAACGGGUCCUGCGGGCGCUGGCAUCCCGGAUAGGGGACGCCGGUCCGGACUUACAACUGGCCCUGGACUUGCUGGCUCGCCUGGACCUGUCCAUGGCCAAAGGCCGCUACUCCGCCGACCGGCAUGCGGUAGCCCCUGUGAUUAUCUCGCCUCCACGCCCCGCGCCCACCUCCCCGGGUAAUCGAACGGGAAGGUCAGGUUUCUCCGAGAAAGACAAUACUCCCCUCUCUCCCCCAGGGAUAUGGUCCGGGGGUGAGGACACCCGGGCUAGAGGCGAAGACGCUCGUCGUGAAGGUACUCCCGCCGCUCAUGGUGAGUCUGUCGAACCACGCCUCCGUCUCUCCGGCGCCCGCCAUCCCCUGCUAACCGAGCGGGUGGUGCCAAUCAGUGUGGAAUUGGGCGGGAACAGCGGGGUGAUGGUCGUCACGGGCCCCAACGCGGGUGGCAAGACGGUGGCCCUCAAGACCGUCGGCCUGUUGGCGUUGAUGGCUCAUGCUGGCCUGCACGUCCCCGCCGAGGCGGCUGAAUUCCCCCUGCUGGAUGGCAUCUAUGUAGAUAUCGGCGACCAGCAGAGCAUCGAACAGUCCCUGUCCACCUUCAGUUCCCAUAUCCAGAACCUGCGCUCUAUUCUGGACCAGGUAACGCCCCAUUCCCUGGUGCUGAUUGACGAACUGGGUACCAGCACCGAUCCCGAGGAGGGAGCUGCCCUGGCCCAGGCUAUCCUGGGGCACUUGAGUCAACGCGGCGUCAUGACCGUCGCUACCACCCACCACCGGGGUGUGGCUCGCUACGUUCAGGAGCAGGCGGGUAUGGUCAAUGCCAGCGUUGACCUGGACCCCGGCACCCUGGAACCCACCUACCGGAUUACCCUGGGCCUCCCUGGCCGCAGCUACGCCCUGACCAUUGCUGACCGCCUGGGCCUUGCCCCGGAAAUUCUGGAGGAAGCCCGUUCCCUGAUCUCACCGACCUUGCGGGCUACUGAUGAUCUGGUACAGGAGUUGCAGGAAGAACGGGCUGUGGUGGCCCAGAUUCGGCAGGAAUCGGAAGAGUUGCUGGCCCAAGCCCGCGCCCAGCAGGCGGAGACUGAAGCCAGGCUGGCCACCGUGGAAUCUUCAAGGCUGGAGUUGGUGGAAGAGGCCCGCCAGGAUUUGCAGGCGCGUAUCGGUGGUCUUCUGGCGCAACUUCAACAGGCCGAGCGCGCCGCCGAACUGGCCGAGGCCGAACAGGCUGCCCGCCGUCUCAUGCGGCCGGCCGCCGGUUCCAACGCCGGCAAUGCAAGCGGAGCCUCAGCGGCCAGCAGGUUCCGGGAAUACCAGGAUGAGUUGGCCCAGGCGCAAAAAGAACUUAGCUCCACCCAAUGGGAACCCAUUGAGGUGCAGCGGACUCCCUGGCAGGAAGAACUGCGCAGCGGGGACCGGGUGUAUAUCCGGGGCAUCCCCCGACCGGUGGAGGUUAUUUCGCCCCAGGAUGACGACGAGAACAUCGAGGUGCUUCUGGGCACCAUGCGCGCCCGGAUCCCGGUGUACCAGUUGGAACGUCCUGCGGAGUCAGGCCUCAGGCCUGAAAUCAACCCGACGACCGGGGUGGCAGCCCCAACCGUCACCCCCGGAGACGGCAGGUCGGAACCCGCUCCGAAUGGUAUAGACCCCAACACUCCCGGAGUUCGUUUCCGCCACAACCGGGACGCCGGCGUCUAUUACCGCCGUCCCUCGCCGCGCCAGGUAAAGUCCGAGCUGGACCUGCGCGGCCAUCGGGUCGACGAGGCGCUGGACAAGGUGGAGACUCUGCUCAACGAGGCGGCCCUCAGCGGCGUGGCCGAGGUUCGCAUUAUUCACGGACGGGGCACCGGCGCCCUGCGCCGGGCCGUAAGAGAGUACCUGAAAGGCCACCCCCUGACCUCGUCGUACGGCUCAGCCGACGAAGGCGCCAACGACGGGGUAACGGUGGUAGAACUGAAGUAA